AUGGCUCCGCUGUUGAGAACACACACAGGAGAGAAACCUUAUUGCUGUGUUGAAUGUGGGAAGAGUUUUGGUCGAUCUAGCCAUCUGACUCAACACAAGAGAAUACACACAGGACAGAAACCUUAUAGCUGUGGUCAAUGUGGGAAGAGUUUUGGUCAAUCUGGCCAGCUGGUAUCACACCAGAGAACACACACAGGAGAGAAACCUUAUAGCUGUGGUCAAUGUGGGACGAGUUUUGCUACAUCUAGCGCUCUGACUCUACACCAGAGAAUACACACAGGAGAGAAACCUUAUAGCUGUGGUCAAUGUGGGAAGAGUUUUGGUCGAUCUUGCCAUCUGGUAUCACACCAGAGAACACACACAGGAGAGAAACCUUAUAGCUGUGGUCAAUGUGGAACAGGUUUUGCUACAUCUAAAGCUCUGACUCUACACCAGAGAACACACACAGGAGAGAAACCUUAUAGCUGUGGUCAAUGUGGGAAGAGGUUUACUGCAUCUAGCACUCUGACUCAACACCAGAGAAUACACACAGGAGAGAAAUCUUAUAGCUGUGAUCAAUGUGGGAAGAGUUUUGGUCGAUCUGGAGCGCUGAUAGUGCACCAGAGAAUACACACAGGAGAAAAAUCUUAUAGCUGUGGUCAAUGUGGGAAGAAUUUUGCUGCAUCUAGAACUCUGACACUACACCAGAGAACACACACAGGAGAGAAACCUUAUAGCUGUAAUCAAUGUGGGAAGAGUUUUACUACAUCUGGCUCUCUGACUUCACACCAGAGAAUACACACAGGAGAGAAACCUUAUAUCUGUGGUCAAUGUGGGAAGAGUUUUGUUUCAUCUAGCGGUCUGACAGUACACAAGAGAACACACACAGGAGAGAAAUCUUAUAGC